AUGGAAACACCCGUGUUUAAAUUCGACCCACAAGAUUACGAUACAGUGUACGAACCGUCCGAGGAUUCGUUUCUCCUUCUCGACACACUGGAAGAUGAGCUUGAAGCGAUCAUAGCUCGCCAACCUUUACUGUGCGUUGAAAUUGGUCCCGGAAGUGGUGUGCUUAUAGUCGCACUGGAAAAACAUCUUCCUGCUGGGCAAAGCCACUUUAUCGGGUUCGAUAUUAACCCAAAUGCAUGCCGGAUGACACAAAAAACUUGCCAUCUUAAUGGUUCGUCGGUGGAUGUAGUGAAUAUGGACUUACUUGCGGGGUUACGGUCUGGGUGUGUAGAUCUACUCGUGUUUAAUCCACCGUACGUUCCAACGCAACAAACCAUCGAUUCGCUGGAAGAACAUAUUGGCGAGUUUCACCUAGCCGGAGAGGAUCAGAAUCUGGUGCACGCGUGGGCUGGUGGCGUUGAUGGUCGUAUCGUUACCGAUCGUGUGUUGGACGAUUUGGAUCGGAUAUUAUCGCCGAAAGGAGUAUUUUAUUUACUGCUACUGAAAGAGAACAAACCGGAGAAUGUGUUGAAGCAAAUGGAAGGAAAAAAAUUCCGGGGGAGUGUUAUUAAGGAGCGACGGAUACGCGGCGAACAUCUGUACGUGUUGCGCAUUGAACGGACCAGCAGGCAUGCUGACUGA